AUGAGUAAGAGGGGGAGGAGGAGGAGCAGCAGGAGGAGGAAGAGCUCCAGCAGCAGUAAACAGAGCGUGUCUCCGUACAUCUUCCACAAACAGAGCAAGAGUAACAGUGUCGGCUACAAGGACGACACGGUUGAAAAAGGUGAAGUUGAUUCUCUUCGAAAGGAAAACGCUCGGAUAGGAUCUGAGGAUGAGGAGAAAUAUAACCACGCUCCACCCAAAGAGAAGAGAUUUAAACAGGACUAUGACGUGAAUUCAUUACUCCAGGGGAAGAGCAUUUAUUCAAAGACCACGGAGGACAAAGAGAAAGGCGUGAAGAUUGUGACGUCCGUCUCUGUCGAUGAAAUGGAUGAGUCAAAUGCAAAGAUCACGUUUCAGCAGUCACACGAACCUUUAUCUGAAAGCACGACCUCGACCCCCAUCACCAACAUCAUGAACAUCAACUGCUCCGGGUCCAACCUCAAACUGGAGAUCCAAGAGUUCCUUCAGUCCAACUUGUCCGGCCUGAAGACUACGUUUGUGUUCAUGAACCAGAGCGCCAAUGCCGCCGACAUGUUCCUGAACUCCAGCUGUGAGAGGAGCUGGACGCCAAACAACGAGUCAGACCAGGGGACCAAUCACAGCGCCAACUACAGGUUCACCUUCGGGAGCUCAGGGGAACAGACCUCCGUCGGCAGUGCAGAACCCAUCAGUCCCCCUCCCAUGUGGGCCGCCCAAAACCUGCCCGAGUGCUGCAGCGACCACCGACAGCCGCUGUCAGAGUUCAUGUUGGAGGAACAGAUGCUCAGCCCUCCUCCCGUCUUCAAGUCCAAACCUCAGGGGAAGAGGAAACACCUCCAGAGAAGCUUCAGCGCUGAUGAGCUGUGGGAAAUCCCGCCCCCCCGAGAGUUUGCAGACUUUAAACAGAACCUGCUGGAGGAGCUGGCCCAGGAUCUGUCCUCCUGCAGGAUCACAGACCGACAGCAGGCUGAGCUUCAUCCUCCAAACACCACCUCUGAGGAAGACCUGAGACGCCCCAUCGAUCGAUCGCCUUCGUUCGAUCAGUUAUCAGACUGUGAGAGCUUCGAUCCCUCGCUCAUGAGACCGUCCGUGUCCACCAACAGAUCCAGCUUCAUCAAAGACUUCAUUAACCAUCAGCAGAGAAAGUCCUGGAUCAGGAACAACAGCAUCUCCACCGUAGAACACAAAGCGUGUCUGAUACCAAAGAAGAGACGGCAAACAUAUCCCGGGACCUCAGAGGGUCUCAGUAUGAUCCAGGAUCAGGACCUCCUGCUCCCCUGCAGUGAAUCCUUCUCCUCCUUGUUGCUGUGCUCUCUCCCUCUGCAGGCUGAGGGUCCAGAGACGGCUCAGCACACCGAGGACGGGUUCUUUGUUUUUGGAGCAGGAAGUUUCAGUUCUCUUCACACAAAGGUGAGCCACAAACCCGUCUGGGAGAUCCCACAGAGCCUGGACGGGAAUCGGUCUCUGCUCAGUCCCUUCUACGUGACCUCGUCUGAGGAAACUCCAGAUGACUCGUUCCCGGUCGGUGUGGAGAGUCGCAGACGGAGCAGCAUCAGGUACAACCUGACAGAUCUGAGACGGCAGGACUUCAGACAGAGCGUCAGUAAGACGGAGAGUGUGGACGAUGCAGACUGUGGACUUAAAGUGGGCCAGUGUGAGGUAGCAGACAGCGGGUUUGACCAGGAGAUGGUGGAGAUGGAGCUUCAGAGCCCAGAGCCUCUGACAGAGGAGGAGCUCAGCAGGAGGUCCUUCAUGAUACAGGUCAUCCCUCCGUCCUGCAGCGGCUCAGAGGAACACAUCCUGCAGAGCGACCCUGCAGACUUCUUCCACCGUCAGCUGGACGACACAAACACAGAGGACUCAGUCCCAGCUACCCCCACAAGCAGGAGGUCCUCAGGGUGCAGCGUCUGCCCAGGAGCACUGCAGCAGAGACUCCUGCAGGUGGACUCCAGGCUCUCCCCCGACAGCUGUGUGGUAAAACACCGGAGAGCUUCUGUGGAGGACUGCUGCAUGGAGCCACUGACCACGAGCAGGGUCACAGAGGAGACCGACCCAAACAGCAGCCCAAAGACCCAGGACACAGACCACAGACCUGCACUCUCUCCAUCUGGCUCUGUCAGAGCUUCAGAGUUCAGAGAGCUCAGCCAGACCUACAGGACUGAGAGGCAGUCCGCAUCCAGAUCGUCCAUGGACAACAAGGAGCAUCUGAAGCCUGUGGCUCAUAUAGAGGCGGACUCUUCUGGAUCUGAUCACUGGGCCAAGAGGAGGAAGCUCUUCAGAGAGAGCAAGCAGUGGAGCUCUGCAGCAGGGAGCUCCAUCACCAGCGACGUCACCGAGGAGUCAGUCUCAGAAGAAACUCGCUCCAUGGACUUCUCAGCCGGAGACGGCGAGGACCGAGGCUUUUAUACGGAAACGUUCCACUCCUCCGCCUGGAUUUAUCAGGGAGACGAGGUCCCCUCAGGAACCAUCCCCCCCAGUCUGAACACCGGGACCAGAACUGUGUCCACUCGAGAGCGAACCGUGAGGAUCAGUAAGGGGUCAGGAGAGUACCCGUGGGGAUUCAGGAUCCAGUUCACUAAACCCAUCGUGGUGACCGAGGUCGACACGAAUGGCGCUGCAGAGGAGGCAGGGCUUAUCGUAGGAGAUUUCGUCCUGGCUGUGAAUGGAACUGAUGUGACGAGCAUCCCUCACUCUGAGGCCGCUGAGCUGGCCAGACAAGGUCCAGACAUCCUGACUCUGACUGUAGGGUCAGACAUCGCUCUGUGUCCUAACACUCCCCGCCCAGCGUGUCGAGGUUACCUUCACAAGCGCACACAGUCGGGUCUGAUUAAAGGCUGGAGGAAGAGGUGGUUUGUCCUCACACACGACUGCUGCCUCUACUACUAUAGACACAAGCGGGAUGAGGGGAAGAGGCAGGCUCUGUCGGGGGUGAAGCUGGAGGCGGCCGAGGUGGGACUGGAUGUCUCUCUGGGGAAACCAUUCGCGUUUAAGUGUCGACCUCAGGAGGGAAACCGAGUUUACUUCUUCUGUGCGACCUCCAACCAGGAGAUGAAGAGGUGGCUGGAAGCGAUGGAGAAGGCCGUGCACCCUGUCACACAGAAGCAUGUGUGGGUCGAUGUGACCCUCCAUAACUCCAGCCUGCCCCCGCUGGCCGUGAAGAGCCCAGAGUGUUUAGGACUCCUUCAUAAGAUGGACAGAAGCCGGGACGUCUGGGUCCAGCAUUACUGCAUUCUGAAGGACGGCUGCCUGUUCAUGUACAGCGGGAUCAGAGCCACACACGCACGAGGUGGGAUCUACCUGCAGGGGUACCUGGUGAGAGAGCAGCCAUUUGGAUCCAAGAAGUCCACCAUCGAGCUGAAGCCUCCGUCUGAUGAGUUCAAGACGUUCUACCUGUGUGCAGAAAACCCAGACGAAAACAAACGGUGGAUCAUCGCUCUGAAGGCCUCCGUGAAGAAGUGGCUUCCUCUCCAUCAGGCCCUGCAGGACUACAUGAGCCGGCUGCCAGAGGAGACCCGGAUGUAGAAGACAGUCUGACCCCCAUCUCUCACACACACAUACACAUACACACACACACACACACGCACACACACACACACACACACACACCUAC